AUGACCACCUCUGAAACGCGUUGGGAAUCUAGACUCCCUUAUUUCGAAAACAAUGAGACAUGGAAAUUAAUAGAUUUUUUACAGUGGAGCAUAGCGUUUACAGAAGAUUUCGGUGAUAAACAAGACGAACACCUAUUAUAUAAGGUUUGCUUGGAGAAGCUUCGUCUAAAACCACAAUUACUUAAGUCUCGUGAUGGUGAACUUGUUCAACAGUUGGUCUCGUGUUGUAUGAAGUCAUUUGAGAUGGAUACGAAGUUGCCUGAAGUAAAGGGGUUCUGGGAAAGCAGUUCUACUGUUAUGAAAGUGUUAAAAAAAGCGUCAGUUAAAAAUUCGAAAAAUAUGAUCAAUCAAGUUUUAAAUUUACAUACGGAUUUUAGUGAAGCACUUCUUAACACUACUCGAGAAAUGGUAAAACCUGCUUUGAAACGGGGGUUGUCAUCUGAAAGCAGUUUAAGUGAGGAAGAAACAGUCACAGAUGCUGACAGCAAUUCGUUUUUAGUAUCUGAGCAUGAGAAGGAUUCGAACAAUGCAACUGCUAAUCAGGAAGAUGUGGAAGUAUUAACCGAAUGUAUAAAAUUACAAACUCAUAAGCGAGAAAAUGAAAUUGAUAUUGAAGGGGAUGUUUCAUGUAAAAGGCAAAAAAGCGAGACGAAUAGUCCUAAUGCAGAAAAUCCGCAACUAAGAAACAAUAGCGAAAAAUCUUUUUCCGAGUCUCUUUCCUCCUCUGAUGAUAAUAAAGAGCUUGAAGAAGAUGAAGAAAUUAAAUUUGAUCUAACAGACAUUUCGAUAGAAUUGCGACGUGAACAGAUAGUUAAAUGGGAAGUCGGUUGUAUUAAUAUAACCGAUAGAUUUCGGCAGUAUCAGAAAGAU